CAUGCACUCACCUUAUCUCCUCUCAAUUUCAGCCGCACAAACCUCAUCGCAUCUCUGUCCCCUCUGUCUUCACGCACGCACCUCACGCCACGGCUAGCAGCCUAGCACCGCCGUCUACCGUCUUGCAGGCCACCGGCCGACGACCUCCCUCGCGCGCGCCAUGGAGGACGGGGACCUCCCCGUGACUGGUGACCCCAGCUUCCUUCCAAGCUCUGUUGGCGGACACCAUGGAGGACGGCGACGAACUCACCUUCCUGAGCGAGGUUGGCCUCUUUUUCUCCCCGAGCGGUGGUGGCGUCCUCUUCUCCCCGAACGCGGCGGCCUCCUCUUCUCCCCGAGCACGGCGGCGGCCUCCUCUUCUCCCCAAGCACGGCGGCGGCCUCCUCUUCUCCCCGAGCGCGGCGGCAGCCUCCUCUUCUCCCCAAGCGCGGCGGCCUCCUCUUCUCCCCGAGCACGGCGGCGGCCUCCUCUUCUCCCCGAGCGCGGCGGCAGCCUCCGCUUCUACCCAAGCGCGGCGGCAGCCUCCUCGUCUCGGCGAGGCACGAUGCGGCGGCUGGGACAGGGUCGCCGGCUUGAAUCACUGUCACCAUUGAUGACGACGCCUAUUUUGUGCUUGCCGGCGACACGCUCAUGCAGUCCGGCGAGGCAUUUUUUUUGUUCACGCUCAC